AUGUGCCCGUUCGUCGCACGCGUCGUCGACGCGGCGUUGGACGAAUCAGCCGCGUCGGCGCUCCCGGCGGAGACGCUCGACGACGGCGCGCCGGUGCGGAGGAUCAAGUUCGGCGAGCGCGUGCAGGUGGACGAUGUGAUUGGACCCGUGGUAAUCAACGCCGAUUGCACGACGAGUUACAUUGAGAAUUGGAAGGAGAUGACGACGCGCGAGCGGGAGACGACGCGAAGACGGUUGGGCGAACGGAAUCGGGAGAGACACGCGGAGUGCGCGCGAAAGCACGAGAACGGAGAGUUGUGA